AUGGCAUUUUCCGAUCUGGAAGAAACUGAUUUACAAUCUCUUCUAACGACCCCAAUACACUUUGAGGAAGUAGAGCAAAAUCAAGCGGAAACACGAUUGCCGAAAAUCAACACUCGAAGUAAAUUUGUUGGUGGAAAGGAUAGUGACUUUCCUGUGGAAUUCCUAAGUAAAGGAUCGUGGUACCUUCACCUUGUGGCAUUUUGUGCAAAAUGUAUACUUCCAGGAACCAUUUCUGAACGUUUAAUGCGUAGUUCACGGUUAAUCGAAGCAAUGUUAGACUGGAUUUCAACUCCUCAAAAUUACGUGGAAUUCGUUGACUUCUGUUUAAACGAAAACAGCUUAAAUACAUUAAUCUGUAGAGUCAGAGAAACAAUCCAGUUUCUCUCGAAGGAAUUAGCGUCAUUUUUAUGUAACAUUCCGUCUUCGUAUGACUCAGUCAGUAAUCGUGAAAGAAUUGGUGAGAAUAUUCUCUCACUAGUGAUUCCAGAAUACAUUAGUGAUAUAUUCAUUUACUACAAAAACGAAAAGAGAAAUCUUAGUAUUCUUCAGCCAUCUGAGAAGCACACUGACAAAGUUUCGCAUCUCCUUUUGGAAUACUUUGAAGCAUUUUGGAGUACUGAUGACAAUGAACUGAAAAUUUUACUUUCUAUUCCUCUUAAGCAAUUUCAUGGUGAAUACAGUAAUGAUAUGAACAGGCCGAAAGUAGUUGGGACCGUUUUCAGUGAUAUGAAAUCAAAGCCAGUGAAUCUACUAAAAAAUAUUUUCUCUUUGCGUUUAAUUGCCCUUGUAUGUAUUUGUAAAGCUGUCCUCGACUUAUUCAAAGAAAGUAUGAAAAAUACUUCCGUUGUUCUGAAGAACCAUCAUCUUUAUAGUGAUGCAAACAAUUUUAUCUCGAUAUAUGAUAUGUGUGCAUUUGUCGCAGUAAGUUUCGAAAAAUUAAAUGUUUUAAAAUACCUUAUAAAAACUGGCAAAAUCCAUCCAUCAAGAUGCAUCGAUCCAGAUGGCAGGAACUUAAUUAUAGCAGCGACAAGUGCUAGUAAAAUAGAUAUCAUAAAAUAUUUAGUUACUGAGGUCGAACCUCCUAUAAAUAUUAAUGAUAAAUCACAUUCUGGAAAUACAGCCUUGCAUAUUGCUGUUUGCUUGAAUAACUUAGAUUUGGUCAAAUUACUAGUUGACACAGGUGGAGCUUCUGUGGACCCUGUUAAUAUAAAUGGGAAUGGCACGACUCCAUUGCAUAUGGCUGCUAUGUAUGGUCAUACUAGUGUUGCAGAGUUUUUAGUUCAGCGUUCAGCUGAUUUGAAUUCCAGAACAACACUAGACGGUUUAACACCAUUUCAAUUAGCUCAUACAUAUCAUCAUUAUGAAUUGGCUAACUGGUUGCAUCAAAUGAAUACAGUACAUCGUAAAAUAUCACCAUCAUCAAGUAUAUCAAAACACUUAUCAUUAAAACAAACUACACUGGAAUAUUUACGAAAGAAAUUUCAAUAA